AUGAGACUUCAGUCCACGCUUGAACAUCCCACGGGAUAUACGGCGGGCGUGAUUUUAAUUUUUCAUUAAUUAAAUUCAUCAACCAAUGAUAAACCAAUCAGUGGUUCCCCUGAAACUUUUCUUUAAAAAGUGAACGACAAUAAUUAAGGUGCGAAACGUUCCGAGGAGCACGAUGGCAGACGCAACGUUCCCCAAUCAGCACACAACCACCACAGUGAUCAACAGAUCCAGCACCAGGGUACAAACCAACAUACGCUUCGACCGUUCGUACAUACGCAUCCUUCCGGGUUUUUUAAAAAUCGCCCAAAUCGUGUUGGACUUCAUCGGCUUCAUAUGCAUCGAAUGCAGCCCCCUUUCGGCACACGCAAAGGGGUCGUGGUUCGUAUUUGUGGCGAUGACCGGGUUCUGGGUCACCUCGAUACUGCUGCUCAUGUACCUGUUCCAUCUCAUUGAAGUGCUGUAUAAGAUUCCUUGGUUGAAGGUGGAGUUCGUGUACUGUGGUGUCUGGACUUUGCUAUAUCUCAUUGCGGCCAGUUUGGCCGUCAGUUUUGGAGAUGAUGCAUAUUCUGCGGCGGGAUUCUUCGGAUAUUGUGCCAUGGUGGCGUAUGCCUUGGACGCCUUUUACAAAUACCAAUCAAUAGGAAAGGGAGAACUGGCACAAGGUGAAAGAAUAAUAUAUAAGGAAACCACAACGGUGCAACAAGUUGUUUAAGUAAUAAAGUUGUGUGUGUUUGAGAUUAAUACGUCCAUUUUUCAUAACCGUUUAAAAUUUUAUUGUUGAUUUAUUAAUUUAUUAAUUUUCUAUAAGGAGUUAAUAAAAGAUUUU